AUGGGAAAGUGGUGUACAAUGUUUGUGGUUGUUGUAGUUCUUGUAGUGCAUGCAAGUGCAGCACGUAUGGUUCCAAAUGGCGAGGAGGAACAAACAAUGGGUGUGAUGCAUGCAAGUGCUAAAAAGGGUGUUGAUGAUAAGAAGAAUUUUGUGGUUGGUGGGGUGGGUGGAUUUGCUGGUGGGUUUGCUGGGAUUGGUGGUAUUGGUGGUGGCAUUGGAAAGGUUGGUGGUAUAGGUGGCGGAAUUGGUGGUGGUAUUGGGAAGGUUGGUGGGAUAGGAGGGGUAGGUGCUGGAGCUGGAAUUGGUGGAUUCCAUGGUAUUGGUGGAUACCAUGGUAUUGGUGGUGGCAUUGGAAAGGUUGGUGGGAUUGCUGGUGGAGCUGGAAUUGCUGGGGGUAUUGGGAAGUUUGGUGGCAUUGGUGGUGGAGCUGGAAUUCUUGGUCAUCAUGGUGGAGUUGGAGGGUUAGGUGGUGUUGGUGGUUUAGGUGGCGGUGUUGGUGGUUUAGGUGGUGGUGUUGGAGGCUUGGGUGGGGUUGGAGGAGUGGGAGGAUUAGGUGGCGCUGGUGGUGCUGGUGGUGCCGGUGGUGCCGGUGGUGCUGGUGGCGUUGGUGGUGGUGCCGGCGGAUUGGGUGGUGGUUCUGGAGGCUUGGGUGGUGGAAGUGGUGUGGGAGGCUUAGGUGGUGCCGGCGGAGUGGGAAGCUCUGGUGGGACCGGUGGAGGAGGAGGCUUAGGUGGUGGUAGUGGUGGUGGUGUUGGUAGUAUGGCAUGUGGGUUUCACCCUUGUCCUUAA